AAAAAAAUACUAGAGCCACGCAAACUCCACCUUGGGAACCGCGAGAGCCAGAGGGAGACGUCCCGCUAGGCCACUAGCACUCUCUCCUCGGGCCACGGCCGCCGCCCGCCGGAGGCAGAUCGACCCGGGACCUGCCAGCCGGCCGACCUCGCGAUGCAGCGGCCGCCGCCGUCCGUCCGCGUCGUCACCAUCCCCUUCGCCGACCUCGAGGAUAGGGGCAAGGACCUGAGCGGCAAGAUCGGGGAUGGCUUCGGGCGCCAAGGGCUCGGCAUCGUCGCCAUCGCCGACGUACCUGGUUAUCCCGAGCUCAGGAAAAGGCUGCUGCGUCUGGCGCCAAGGGUUGCAAACCUUCCUGAAGAAGUGAAGAAAGGACUGGAAGACCCAAAUAGCAGAUAUAACUUCGGUUGGAGUCAUGGGAAACAGAAAUUUGAGUCUGGCAAAUUUGACACAUUCAAAGGCUCGUAUUUUGCCAACCCAUUAUUUGAUGUCCCUACUACCGACAAUGUGCUUUUAACUAGAUUCCCAUCAUACUGCCGACCAAACAUAUGGCCAAAUGAUGAUCUUCCCGAGCUUCAAACAGCAUUCAAAGACAUUGGAAAGUUGAUGCUAGAAGUUGGCUUGAUGUUGGCUCAUCAUUGUGAUCACUAUGCAUCUGUGUGCAUUUCAGUAAUGAAGCAAGGAAUGGGACCAUAUGUUGGUGAAAGCCUUGAACAGACUCUUGCUCGCUCAAGGUGUCAUAAGGGCCGUCUGCUGUACUAUUUUCCACAAAAGUUUAGCAAACAGAAAGAUGGUCAAUCUAUUUCGUCCUGGUGUGGAUGGCAUACUGACUAUGCAUCUUUGACAGGACUUACAUGUGGCUUGUUCAUGAGAAAAUCUGUGGAGAUUCCUUGUUCUGAUAGUGGAGCUGGGCUACAUAUCCGAUCUCACGAUAAUCGAGUUGUUAAGGUUACAUUUAAGGAUGAUGAAUUGGCCUACAUGACUGGGGAAACUGCUGAAAUACUAUCAAGAGGUCACCUACGCGCAACCCCACACUGUGUGAAGCAAGCAUUCAUGUCUGCUAAUGUUUCUAGGCGCCCAGCUGUGAAGAUGCUUCACUUGUUGACCGCUCGACUUUCGCGCUGUUUGUGCAGCCAAAUUGGGAUGAGAAGAUCAAGUUUCCAAGUGAAUUCCCCUAUCACCAAGAGCUGUCGAUUCCACCGAACGAAACGCUUGCGUACGGGGAGUACUCGGAGAGGAUACUGAACAAGCACUACGUGGCAAGAACGUGAGGCAGAGCAGAGCAAUUAAAGCCUUGUUUAGUUAAAAUUUUUAGAUUUUGACACUGUAUCACUUCUGAUGUAAAAGCCAAGUGGAUCACUGGAUCACAAGUUCACAACAAUGUACCAACAAAACAGAAAACCCGCGACGUCUGAUGUAAUUCGAAGUGGAAGGCCAGCGAGUUUUCUCUUCUUUUU